GUUCAAGUCCAGGCAGUCCGUUUAUUCAUAACAAUUACUGGAUUGGUACAUGGGGCUUCUACCCCUUUGGAUGUUUUAGAUGGGAUCAGCUUUUUAUUUUGAAUUGUGAGUUUAUUUAAAUAGCUCUUCUGACGAGCUGGAUUCAAAAGCAUUUCAUCCACUUUGAAGACACAAUAUGAUCUUCAUUCCAGCUGAAAAAAUACAUUUAGCUUUUCUUUUGUCAGUAGGUCUACUCAGUCUACCACUGCUUACAGAAUGUGACAAGAUUAGGCUGGUUGGGCCUUCUCGUUGCUCCGGUAGACUGGAGGUCUACCACAGAGACAACUGGGGAACGGUGUGUGAUGAUCACUGGAGCAUGGCCAAUGCUGACGUGGUGUGUCGAGAGUUAAACUGCGGGACAGUUCUUGAGGCCAAAAGAAGCGCCUUUUUUGGAGAGGGACGGAAUGAGAUCUGGUUGGAUGAUGUGCAGUGUACUGGUAAAGAGUCUUCAAUCCUCAAGUGCCCACACAGACCACUGGGGGAAAAUAACUGUGGCCACUCUGAAGAUGCUGGGGUUGUCUGUUCUGAUCAUGUGAGGGUGAUGAAUGGAAGCAAUCGGUGUAGUGGCAGAGUGGAAGCCUACCAUGAGGGCAACUGGAAACGAGUGUGCAGCAGUGACUGGACCAAGGAAAAUGCUGAUGUGUUGUGUCGAGAGAUUAACUGUGGUGCACCUGUCAUUCAGGCUGACGUGCUGUAUUUUGGAGAUUCACGUGGCCAGGAUGGCUUCAAAAUCAACUGUGCUGGAAAUGAGACCACUGUCUCCCAUUGCAAACUUCAGGAAUUCAAGGGAAGCUGUGUUGAUGCUAGUGUUGUGUGUGGAAGCAGCAAGCCAGUUCGGCUGAAGAACGGGACUAAUCAGUGCUCAGGCCGGGUCGAAGUCUACCAUGAUGGACAGUGGGGAGCGAUUUGUGAUGACAGAUGGGGCAUGCAAGAAGCAGCUGUUGUAUGUCGAGAGAUGAACUGUGGGACUGCUCUUUCAGUCAAGUAUAAAUCCUUCUUUGGAAGAGGUCAGGAUCAGAUUUGGUUGGAUGACGUUGAGUGUACUGGUCAUGAGAAGUCCCUUGCUGACUGCCCACACAGAGGUUUUGGAGAACACGACUGUGACCACAAUGAAGAUGCUGGUGUCAUAUGCUCAGAGUCAGUGAGAUUGAUCAAUGGGACUGACCGCUGCUCUGGCAGAGUAGAGGUCUUGCAUGAUGGCCAAUGGGGGAAAAUAUGCAAUAACUUGGGCAAAGCAGAGGCUGAAGUGGUGUGUAAGGAACUCAGUUGUGGACUUCCAAAAAAAUAUCAAGAAAGCUUCAAUUUUGGUGACAGCAAUCUGAGAGGGUAUACAAGUAGAUGCUCAGGCAAUGUGAGCUCUAUCUCCCAAUGCAUGCUUCAAGUAUACACAGGGAGAUGUGAAGGUGUUUCUCUUUCAUGUGCAGGUAAUCCACCACUAAGGCUUGUCAAUGGCACUGACCGAUGCUCUGGUAGAGUUGAGGUUCUGCAUAAUGACCAGUGGGGAACCGUGUGUGAUGAUCAGUGGGACAUCAAAGAUGCUCAGGUGGUCUGCAGAGACAUGGACUGUGGAACAGCUAAGACGGCCAAAUCCGGUGCCUUCUUUGGUCAAGGCAACGGAGACAUCUGGUUGGAUGAUGUGGGCUGUAUCGGUAAUGAGACAUCCCUCAUGCACUGCCAACAUCCCACACUCGGAGAGAAUAACUGUGGCCAUGGUGAAGAUGCCGGUGUGGUGUGCUCAGCUGACAUUAGACUGAUGAAUGGGACUAACCAGUGCUCAGGCAGGGUGGAGUUCUACCAUGGUGGCCAUUGGGCACCGGCAUAUAAUCUUAACUGGGGAAUUAAUGAAGCUACAGUGGUGUGUAGAGAAAUGAAUUGUGGAGAUCCUGUUAAGUUCUCAGGAUCAUAUGGUCAAUCUUCAUAUCCAGGGGGGUACAAGGUCAGUUGUAGUGGUAGAGAGAGCUCUCUCACUCAGUGCACACUGAGAGAAUACAUGAGGACCGAUCACACUGAAGAGGCAUCUGUCGAAUGUUCAGGCAAUGUGAAGUUGUCCGGUGGGAACACUCAUUGUUCUGGAAGAGUGGAGUUCUUCGACAAGAACCAGUGGGGGACAGUGUGUGGUGAAUCCUGGGAUGUGAACGAUGCAAAUGUGGUGUGUAGACAGCUGGACUGUGGGAGGAGUCAUAAGAUUACCACCACGGCUGACUACGGCACUGGCACAGGACACACCUGGACUGAUCAAAUUGAAUGCAAUGGCAUGGAGUCAACACUGAGUCAGUGCACACAAAGACCAUUUAGAGACAGAACUUGCAACACCACCUCGAUUGCUGGUGUUUUUUGCACAGGAGCUAUGGAAGUCCGGUUGGCCAAUGGUAAAGAUGAGUGCUCUGGCAGAGUAGAGGUCCGUCAUGGUGACAUGUGGCAAACAGUGUGUGAUACAGACUGGACCCUGAGUAAAGCCAUGGUGGUGUGUCAGCAUCUAGAAUGUGGACAAGCAUUAAGUGCUCCAAUAAACUCAAAUUUUGGCCAAGGCACUGGAUCAAUAGUGGAGGCCAGCAAUUCAUGUUUUGAUAAUGUGACAUCCCUUCAGCAAUGCUCAAUGAAUGGUUUCAAAGGAGCAACGUGUGGGCACGAACAGGAAGCUGGUGCUGUCUGUGCAGCACAAAUCCGGUUGGUCAGUGGCUCAGGUGAAUGCUCAGGAAGAGUGGAGGUCCAUUAUAAAGGCGAGUGGGGAACUGUGUGUGAUGAUGAAUGGGAAAUAACCAAUGCGGACGUGGUAUGUAGACAGCUUGGCUGUGGUCAUGCAGUUUCUGCUCCUUCAAGUGCCCACUUUGGAAGAGGCACAGGUCCAAUCUGGCUGGAUAAUGUUGAGUGUAAAGGUGAAGAGACUGCUCUCACACAUUGUACGCAUCCUGGUUUUGGAGAAAAUAACUGUGGGCAUGGUGAAGAUGCUGGCGUCAUCUGUUUAGGUGCUCUACAGAAGCCCCAAAUCACUUUGAGUCCUGGUCCAGAUGUAAACUGGGGAGAAAAAGUUGAGAUCACCUGCACUGUAGUAACAGAACACUUGGGUGGGACAUUUGUUCUAAAAAGGAGUCAAGACUCAUUUAAAAUGGAAAAAUACUCUGAGAAUGAAGCUGCAACUUUUAAGUUCCCUGCUGUGGACUUUGGUCAAAGAGGGUCAUACUUCUGUGAAUAUCAAAAGAAAUUGCCCAAUCAAGUAAUCUAUUACCCUCAAGGAAAUACUGCCGAGCUCUCUGUCACAGUGAAAUUGGAGAAGCCUAGCAUAUCUCUGUCAUCUCCUCAUGCAAUGGUGAUCUACAGCCCUGACAAAAUAUCAGUUGCCCAAGGCAGCAGCUUCUCCGUCACUUGCUCUAUUCAUUCCAGAUAUCCUGGAGGGUACUUCUAUCUGACAAAGUCUAACACGAGCGCUACUGAACCAGUGGAAGCAUUUGGCCACUCUAUCUUCUACUUGGCAUACUUUGAAUUCUCUGCAAUAGAUUAUAAAAGCCAAGGAGAGUAUAAAUGUGUCUACGGUGUUAACAUUUCCUCAAAGUCCUUCUGUUCUGUUCCUUCCAAGUCACUACAAGUGACUGUAAAUGCAUCCUCACCCUCUUCAGUUGUCCCAGGACUUGUUGGUGGGCUUGUGGUGUUGCUUAUCUUGCUGGUUAUAGCUUACCUGGUCUGGAGAAGGAGAAGGCAGGGUGCUGGUACCAUGGUUCAGUUUAGUAACAGAUUUGGAGGAGCGUUGAAGCAAGAUACGGAGGACAGAAGCAAUGGAGCGCUGGAGGGAAGAGACUGCAAUACCCAAGUGAAUGAGCGUGCACACAGUCCCGAACCGGAAGACAACAAUGGUGAUGCUGAUAACUCUGUUGAGAGGGUCCCUGAAGACCUGGCUGGGAGAGUAUGUUAUGAGCUGGAACCUCUUGUUUUCUCGUGAUAACAAAAUGCCUCGUGGAGUAACCUAUGCCAGGUGUUUUCCAUAAAUUUAAAGAGUGACACAACACCAGGUUUUUUAUGGCCCUCUCUGGUUGUCUAUUGCACCUGUAACCACACCCACAGUGUUGUUGUGGCGUACUAGCGCCCCCUGGAGUACACUUGUACAUUAUGGCAAUAAAGAGAGAAGAUAAAUAACUGGAAUUCUGCAAAAAACAACAAAAACAAGAUUCUCAAAUGAUGUUCAGUUGCUCUUUAAGGUAGCUCAUAGGUACUAUGUCCUAAGUGUAUUUUUCCACCUUUUUAAGUAAACACUUUUUCUUUAAAUCAAUGCUCUUCACGCUCUCUCAAAUAGAUGCUCUAUGAUUUGCUUUAAAAAGUGUAGAAAAUAAACUUUGUGGAAAUUGAAAAUCUGGUUUUAAAUGUCAUACUGCCUGUGUAAACUGGAAAAGUUUGCCUGUAACAUUUAUUUUCAUACUUGCAUACAUUUUUUCUCGAAGAUUCUGCCAGUGGAAAAGCUAAGGUCCACUGACAUGCAACAAGAUUCAUAUUACAUUGCCUUUGCAUUACAUUGUAAUUUGCUUCACCUGGUGUAUAUGAAUGAUCAAUAAAUUUGUAUUUC